GGCCUACUGGGGUAAGGUGGGGAAUUUCAUCUGACAACCGCCGUUACAUGUCACUUUUUCCCCGGAAAAUAAACCAAAACAGCGCAUUUUCCUGAUUUUUCCGUGAAUUUUGCCUCUGAAAUCCUUUUUGAGAUCAUGUCAGACAAGGAGAAGAAGGAACAGGAAGAGAUGGAACUCCAAUGGAUUCAGUUGAAGAAAGAUUUCGGAUCAUCACUUGCCGGUGAGACGACCAAAGAGAAAAUGUUGAGGAAAAUCAAAGAAAACCCUUUGGUCCCAAUGGGCUGCAUGGCGACUAUUGGAGCGCUGUCUUAUGGAUUGUGGAAUUUCCGUCGUGGGGAACAAAAGAUAUCUCAGUACAUGAUGAGGACACGUAUAAUAGCUCAGGGAUUCACAGUAGUCGCCCUUAUGGUGGGUGUCGUCCUUACAACUAUGAAGAAAUGAGGAUUUCCUGGUUUGUUCCUGUUCCCCGUCUAGUUUGAAUAUCUCUUGGAAAAUCCCUGUUAACACUAUGUAAAUACCACGGAGGUAUGCUCAGCACCUUCAACUUCCCUUCAAGCUUAAGGAUUCAAGGAUAUUAGCCCUUUAAAUAUUUUUAAUAAAUAUUUUUUAGAAGA